CUUAUUGACCUGGCGCUCAGUCAGGAGAAUGCCAGGAGACCUUGACUCUCGUUUGUCCAUUGACCGAGCAGACGAUACUCGAUUGGAAUGGCUACGUGGGCGUGACAUGCAAGUGCGAGAGGUACAGUGAAGGAUAGGGUAAAAAAGAAGGCAGACAGACAAAAAUUCGCGAAACCACCUCUGGACUGUGAAAAAUACCCAAAAUUUUAUGCUCAUUGACGCGGCGUUCUUAUUUUAUUGCAGCCUGUUUUAAUCCAUGAACGCGUUCAAUUCCGCCAGUUCGCGCUCUUCUUCCUCCGUUAAUAAAUCGUCUAGAGAAACAUCCGCUUCCUUCUUCUUCUUUUUUGAGGCAUCAGCGUACUCCGCGAUGGCCGAUGCUGCAGAAAUCGUUAGCCUACAAUAUCCAUGCAGCUCACUUCAUCGAAAUGACCUUCUAUAUUGCACAGCUUUUUUGCAGACUGGUGGCAGCAAGUGAAGAAAAGAAAAGAAAAUUUGAGUCGGGCUAUAAUGGACGAUAUUUCAACCGUGCAAUGGGCUCACACUUACGGCAAUGUCCCAGACUGUUAUAUUAUCAUCACUGCAACCUGUACAAAUAUAGUUUCCAGCAAUUGCCAGACAUUUGACAGUGUCUUGAUGCUCUAAGGUAGUAUCGCUUUCGCCAGUCUAGAAAAGUGGAGGCAUUGUUAAUAGGACGCGAUGCUGAUGUGGUAUAAAUUCCAAUACUUGCCAGUA